UCAAUCAGACGUUCAAUCGCGCUUCGUUCAGAUACUGCCUCGAUGUUGUGCUGUGUGUCGAGAAAAACCGCCGAGGGAUCUGUUCUAAAGAAACCUCCUCUUUUGUCGCGGUCGUCUUCUUCAUCUUCGACGUCGACUGUGACUUCCUCGAAAUUUCCAGCCAGCCAGCUGAUUAUCAACGACCUCAAAUCGUACGAUGAGGUACUGGAACUGCUGCCCUGUUCGAUAUGCGGCAGAACAUUCAAGCCCCAGUCGUUGGAGAAGCACACGAAAAUUUGCGAGCGAGCGGCGAUAAAAAAGCGCAAGCCUUUUGACUCUUUUAAGCAGCGACUUCAGGGAACCGAGCUGGAAGAAUACUUGCCGAAAGUCGUCACUAAAAGAGAUGUGCGCCCGGAAGAUAAAUUUCGAAAUAGAAAUACCUGGAAGCAGACUCAUGAUGAAUUUUUGAAGACUAUCCGCGCUGCUCGAGGAGAAACUGUUGCAACGAGCUCGCAGUAUCGGCAAGUAACAACUGUAGCUCCCGGAGCUCCAACACGUGCCAACGAAAAAGGACUCUGUCCAACAUGCAAUCGCCAAUUUGGAAUCAAGGCUUACGAUCGUCAUGUUGCUUGGUGCAAGGAACGAAUAAUGAGAGCUCCGGCGAGUCAGGCUACAAAUGUUGCGAAAGAACUUACUGAACACGAUCCUGAUUUAUUAAUCCUAACUCCACCUGACUACCCACGAAGUAAUAACUUUCAGGAAUCUCCCACGUCGCUCCGAAAAUGUCAAUCUUCGGUUCCACCACUGACAUCAGCGUCGCUAGAAGAGGAUAACGCCAAUAAAAAAUUAAUAGUUACUAAAAGCAGUAGAAGAAAUAAAAAAAAAUCCAAGUGCAAUCCAAUUGUAUCCGCGAGAAGCCUCGGCGACCUCAAGGUCAAUGAUGUCACGGUAAAUGAUGACGUGAUAGGCAUGACGGCGAGACCUUGUCAUGCCCAUAGGGAGGAGUUGACAACUUGGAAACAAAUAAGAUCUGAUAAAGCCAAAGUUUGUGAUUCGAGAUUAAAUAAUAGUUACAAUAAUAUUAAUAAUAAUAAUGAUGAUGAUAGUUUAGCUGAUGAAUUAGACCAAACAUAUUUGAUUAAGGAAGCUGAUUGCGAUGUUGACAAUGAUGUAAUCGAAGGCAUUGACACUAUUUUAAAGCAGCUGGACAACGAUUUAAUGGAGGAAGAAAAAUUUAAUAAAUUUAAAUCGACUCCGUCGAGCCCGACUAAAUUUAAUAUCGACGUUACUUGCGCCAGUACGCCAGUGUCUUUUAGAAAUGAAAAUUUAAGCAGUCAUAGAGACAACACCAAGGUGAUGAUUAACGAUGACGAGUGUGAAAGCAAAGACAGACCGAACAGUCAGUCUAAAAAAAGAUGUAGCACUUAUGUCAUUCGAGAAACUAGUGACACUAAUUGUCUCAAGAUUGACAACGAGAACCAUAACAAAUUUAAUAACACUAAUUCUGGUUUUGAUGAUAUUGUUUUGAAAGACCCGUUAUUUGAAACUGAUACUAAAUUUCUUGACGUUAAUCAAAAUAGAGUGAUCAGUGAAAAAGUAACUCCUUUGAAGAUUCAUCAAGGCCGAGACAAGGACAAUGAUACUGAUUACUCGUUGCCGUCGAUUAAUUUUACGAGUGACUCGUUGGACUCUGCGAGGUCCAGCCGGAUUAUGAGGAAAAAGUUGAGGAAGAAGAUGAAUAUCUUGAGAGACAGCACAGACUCGUUGGUUUCUUCGGUAGAAGCUGACGCGCAUGUAGAGGGAAAAAAUGAAUCAAGGCCUGCGAAAAAGUCGCUGAUGUUUCCAGAAAUUGUCACCAAAGUCGACCAGAGGCUGGAGAAAAGCUUUCAGGACAGAGAAAUUCCCUACUGGAAGCGCAUGAUGAGGACUUCGAGAAAUUUUCACCCAGCGUGGACGAAUUACGUACGCAGACAUCCGGACUUUAAUCUUGUGCUAACAAGUAGAACAGGAAUAUGUCAGGACUACGAUCCAUAUUUAUUAGCAGAGCAGCAACUUACUGACCUUCUGUCAGACACAUGCAGUGACAAAUCAUAUACGGACUCGCCGUUGAAUCGCUACGGGAUUAAACCCACAUCCUCACAGUCCACUUCAUCAUCAUCACCACCACUCUAUCCUCUAACCCACUCAUCAGCAUUCGUUAAAUACCCCAAUUCCCUUAAUUUAGACAACGCGAGGAGUCCAGAGAAGCGGGGCUCGGUGGUGGCUCCGCCGUCAGAGUUCGACGACCUGUCAAUAGGUUUCUCGUCCUCGGACUCUACGGAAGCAAACUCGAUAUCCCGAGAAUUAUUCGCCGAGCUCGAGUCGGCCUGUCGCCGUGAAGACCAGGCCAACAAAAACAAAACGAGCCAUUCUGGCACGAAUCAUGUUCUGGGUCGGCGAAUGAUCAUCGACAAGGCGAGAGCUUUGGGGACGACGACUGACGACUCUCUGGACCCGAAUUCUAACAGACGAGUAGUGACCUCGACUGACAAAUCGCGCAAGGUCGUCGAGAAAACUACCGUGAAACCCAUAAGACCAAUGGUCACCAGGUCAAACUCCGUACGCGCUGCCUCCGCGCCGAAAAUCCCCGAGCGCAAAGAGACGGCCAAGGCCAACUCGAGGUCGAGCCCGGGCACGAGGUUUAAUAAUCAAAGGAAUAAUUUCAGCAAUCUCAGUGGAAGCAAUUUGAGCUUAAGCUCGAUCGUUUCUUCUGAGAUUGAUGUAAAGAGGUCGAACUCGAUGUUCGACGACCUUGUAAGCUCUUUCGACGAUGACUCAGGUUCGUAUCCUUCCUUGAGAUCCUUUUUAAAAAACGAUCCUUUGUCCAUGUCCAGUCCUGUCCAGCCCAGUCGGACCCGCAAUGGCCAGAUCAGUGAUGAAGAUUUGUCCUCGCCUGAUAGCUUCAAGAAACAGGAAUGCAGCAAAUUGAGCGCUGACUCUGCUUACAGCAGCUUGAAUCGAAAAUAUUCAAAUGGACGCAGUGAAACAACAGGAAGAUUGGAGGAAGAAACAUCGCUGCUGCGUCGCCGUGAAAAUGAAAUAAUCUCGAAUUUAAAAUCAAAAAUGUCUAAAUUUUGCCAUGAAUGCGGUACUAAAUUUCCUGAAACUGCCAAAUUCUGCUGUGAGUGCGCUUAUGUAAAAAAAUUCUCAAGCAUUUAUCCGAUGAUUGACCAUUGCUAUGAUGUAGCAAUAGUAGGAGCCGGCGGAGCAGGAUUACGAGCCGCAGUUGGUCUAGGAAGUAAAGGCUACCGAGUAGCUGUAGUCACAAAAUUAUUCCCCACUAGAUCCCAUACAGUUUCAGCUCAGGGAGGAAUAAAUGCUGCAAUAAAUAAUUCUGAGCAAGACAACUGGCUGUUUCAUAUGUACGACACCUCUCUGAACUUCGGCAAAGGAGGUCAAGCACUGAGAACUUGUGCAGUAGCAGAUCGGACGGGUCAUGCACUUUUGCACACUCUUUAUGGCGAGAGUUUGAAGUAUGACAUUGAUUAUUUUGUCGAGUUCUUUGCUCUUGACUUGCUGAUGGAUGGCAGGACUUGCCGAGGUGUUAUCGCUUGGGAGUUGGAGACUGGAGAGAUUCAUCGCUUCCGAGCUCAUCACACGGUGAUAGCGACUGGUGGAGCAGGUAGAUGUUUUUUUUCAUGCACCAGCGCUCAUACUUGCACUGGAGAUGGAGCGGCGAUGGUCUCGCGAGCAGGUAUUCCCUUGCAAGACAUGGAGUUCAUCCAGUUUCACCCAACAGGAAUUUACGGAAGCGGAGUUUUAAUUACUGAGGGGUGUAGAGGCGAAGGUGGAAAGCUGGUUAAUUCAGAGGGAGAAUUUUUCAUGGAAAAAUACGCACCCAAAGCCAAAGAUUUGGCCUCUCGAGAUGUUGUUUCAAGAGCGAUUAUGAUUGAAAUUCUCGAGGGGAGAGGAGUAGGUGAUAAAAAAGAUCAUGUGUAUUUAAAACUGAAUCACUUGCCUGCUGAAUUAAUAAGAUCAAAAUUACCCGGGAUUUCGCACCUUGCCUGGGUGUUUGCCGGUGUAAAUUGUGAAGAAGAACCGAUACCAGUUGUCCCUACCGCGCAUUAUAAUAUGGGCGGAAUUCCAACCAACUGGCGUGGCCAGGUACUGACAAGAGAUAAUGAAGAAGACAAACCUGUACAAGGUCUCUGGGCAGCUGGAGAGGCUGCUUGUACUUCAGUUCACGGAGCGAAUCGACUCGGGGCCAAUAGUCUUCUGGAGAUAAUUGUUUUUGGUCGCGCUGUUGCUGAAAAUAUUGGAGCUGUUCUUAACUUCGGACAAAAACAUCCAGAUAUUCAUCCAGAACUAGGAAAUGAAACUCUGCAUCGUUUUGACGCAACACGGUACUCCAAAGGGUCAGUUUCAGUUUCAAGCUUGAGGGAAGAAAUGCAGAGAACUAUGCUUAAAUAUUGCGGAGUUUUUAGAACUUGCUCUAUUUUGCAGCUAGGUUGUAAAGAAAUUACAAGACUUUAUAAUCAAGAAUUGCCGAAUAUUAAAGAACGAAUUGAUGAAUAUGAUUACAAGCUACCGCUAGAAGGCCAAGAAAGAAGGUCCUUGACCGAGCACUGGAGAAAACAUUCCCUGACUUGGGUUCUACCCAAUGGAUCUAUUUGCAUUUCUUAUCGGGCGGUCAUUGACACAACACUCGACCAGUCAGAAGCUCGGCAUGUGCCCCCAGCUGUACGCAGUGAAAUAAUCAAGAAGUGA